AUUUAAUUUUCCAGAUCGCUUCAGCCUUCUCUUCACUCACCAUGGCGGCCGCCGAAGCUACCGAUCCUUCUUCCUACCCCGAGCUGAUAAUGGCGGCGAUCAAGUCGCUGGUCGAGGAGGGCAGGAUGGACACGAGCGAAUCUGCGAUCUCCGAUCGCAUCGAGUCGCAGCACCUGGGCACGCUCCCGGAGUCGCACGCCUCGCUGCUCGCCGAGCACCUCACCUGCUUGACGGAUAGCGGCGAGCUGUUUCUCAUCGACAUGAUCAACUACGUGCGGUCGGAGGCGGCGCCCAAGAGGGGCCGUGGCCGUCCGCCGAAGCCCCGCGGUCGGCCGCCCAAGCCGAAGGAUCCCGUAGCCGUGGCUGCUUCGGAAGAUUCCAGUGCUAUUCCACGUCCGAGGGACCGCCCGGCGAAGAAGAAGGCGGCGAUUGCCGGGGCCCCUGCUGUGGUGGGCGGAGGUGUGGCGAAGCGAGGUAGAGGUAGGCCUCCGAAGGCGAAGACAGGGACGGCCGAUGACGCCUAAUCCGAGUUCAUGCAGAUCUGUUCGAUCCGGGCUACGACCUCCGACAUCGACGGGCGGGAGUUGGGAUCCUGUGCGCCGCAGUCAACCGCCAGCAGCAUCAGCUGCACCAUCGGCUCGGCGUCCUGACGGUUCGACAGUUCGACGUCGAACACCUCUGAGCUCCAGUCCACCGCGGGGACAGAUCGUACCCACCACAGGAGGUCGACGCCGUCGUCGCCGUGAGGCGUCUGCGUCGGAGAUUUGGCCGUGAGCAUCUCCAUUAGGAGCACGCCGAAACUGUAGACGUCAGCCUUCUGCGAGACCCUGCGCCCGUCGGUGACCUCCGGCGCACGGUAGCCGGCGGCGCGAGGGGAGGGCAUUGAAAUGGAGCCUAGGCUGCUCAGGCCGCAGUCGGAGACGCAAGCGUCGCAUGUUUUGGAGAGGACGAUGUUGGAAGACUUGAUGUUGCCGUGGGCGGAGUCAGAGCCUUUCAUAUGGAUGAACUCGACGCCGCGGGCUUCGCCCAGCACAAUCUCCUGUAGGAAAAUAAUUCGGACAGCAUGGUCAUGUUUUAUUCUCGUUCAUGAUUUAUUUAAUUUUUAUUUGAUAUUAAUCUUUCCUAUUUUAGUGGGAUGAGUCAUCCUAUUCUUAUGGUUAAAACUUAUCACUUGAGUUGUAUUUAAAGGGGUCGAAACUGUGAAA